GAGGAAGGUCGAUGAUGAUGGCGGCUGCGGCUGCGGCUGCGGCGGUGAGACUAGGAGGUUCAGAAACCUUUUUUUUUGGGUUCCAAACUCAGCGAUGUCAAAUGAAAAUGAUGGGUAUGAUUCUUCUUCUAUCUCCAACCACUUCAUCACUGCUGUCUAGCAACCACUCCAGCUCCAUUUCUUCUUCUAGCACUAGCACUAGCACUAGCCCUAGCACUAGCAAUAGCAGCAGCAGCAGCAGAAGCAGUAGAGAUAAACACAAACAUGAUGAUGCUUCUUCUUUUAGAAACAUUGAUGAUGCCCUUGCUUCUUUCAAUCACAUGCUUCGUAGGGAACCCCUGCCCUGUAUCAUCCAAUUCACUAAAUUAUUGUCUGCAAUUGUCAAAAUGGGACAGUAUUACGGUGCUGUGAUUUCUCUUUCCAAACAAAUGGAAUUAGCUGGGCUCUCUCCUGAUAUUUAUACUCUUUCUAUCUUGAUUGAUUGCUUCUCCCACUUGCAACGUGUCGAUCUUGCCUUCUCUGUCUUCUCCAAAAUCAUUAAACUUGGUCUUCAACCCGAUGCUGUCACAUUUAACACCUUAAUCAAUGGGCUCUGUAAAGUUGGCAAAUUUGCCCAAGCCGUGGAAUUCUUUGAUGAUUUUGAGGCAAGCGGGUGUCGACCUUCUGUCUACACUUAUACUACGAUUAUCAAUGGCUUAUGUAAGAUCGGGGAAACUACUGCGGCUGCUGGGUUGUUUAAGAAAAUGGAAGAGGCAGGCUGCCAGCCGAAUGUGGUGACAUACAAUAUACUCAUUGACAGUCUUUGCAAAGAUAAGCUGGUGAAUGAGGCUUUAGAUAUUUUCUCUUAUAUGAAGGCUAAACGCAUUUCCCCUGAUAUUUUCACUUAUAACUCUUUAAUCCAGGGCUUAUGCAAUUUCAGGCGAUGGAAGGAGGCUUCGGCAUUGCUAAAUGAAAUGAGGAGUUUGAAUAUCAUGCCAAAUAUUUUCACCUUCAACGUGCUAGUUGAUGCAAUCUGUAAAGAAGGCAAGGUUUCAGAGGCUCAAGGAGUGUUUAAAACAAUGACUGAAAUGGGUGUGGAGCCUGACGUUGUUACUUAUAGUUCUUUGAUGUAUGGAUAUUCCUUGCGGAUGGAAAUUGUUGAAGCUAGAAAGCUGUUUGAAGCCAUGAUAACCAAGGGUUGUAAACCUGAUGUUUUUAGUUAUAACAUCCUAAUUAAAGGAUACUGUAAGGCCAAAAGGAUAGAUGAGGCCAAGCAGCUUUUUAAUGAAAUGAUUCAUCAAGGCUUAACCCCGGACAAUGUUAAUUACAACACUCUUAUUCAUGGCUUGUGCCAGUUAGGCAGACUUAGGGAAGCACAAGAUCUUUUCAAGAAUAUGCACACUAAUGGCAAUCUCCCAGAUUUAUUUACUUACUCGAUGUUGCUUGAUGGCUUUUGCAAAGAAGGGUAUCUUGGUAAGGCAUUCAGACUAUUUCGAGCAAUGCAAAGUACUUACUUGAAGCCUGAUAUAGCGAUGUAUAACAUCCUGAUCGAUGCCAUGUGCAAAUUUGGGAAUCUUAAAGAUGCAAGGAAACUGUUUUCAGAACUCUUUGUCCAAGGAUUGCUGCCUAAUGUUCAGAUAUACACUACAAUAAUAAAUAAUCUUUGUAAAGAAGGGUUGUUAGAUGAAGCAUUGGAAGCUUUCCGAAAUAUGGAAGGGGAUGGCUGCCCUCCGGAUGAAUUUUCUUAUAAUGUUAUUAUUCGAGGAUUUCUCCAGCACAAGGAUGAAUCAAGGGCAGCACAACUUAUUGGAGAAAUGAGAGACAGAGGUUUUGUUGCAGAAGCAGGGACCACAACUUGGUAGAAGAUCUGUUUUCUAAUGAAGACAAUCUUGUUCUGUAGAAGAUCUGUUUUCUAAUGAAGACAAUCUUGUUCUGAAGGAGCAUGCAGGAUUAUGUGAAGUUCGUCAUGGUGAAAAGAAGUGCUUCGAUUCGUGCAGACUGUUAUCAGUGGCAGGUGCAAUGCUGGCAGAAUAUGCAAUUAGAAUUUUUUACAAGAUAUGUGAACAUGGAAUCACUCCUAAUUUGAAGACUUUCGAGACCCUGAUUUGGAUUUGCUGAAGCCAAGCAGCCUUGGAAGGCAGAAGAAAUUCUCCAGGUUAUGACAGAAUUUGAGGUUCAGCCUGAGAAAUCGACCAUGUUGCUUGUUACCGAAGCAUGGUGCGCUGCUGGAAUGACAGAAGAGGCAGGUAGAAUUCUUGGUACAAUAAUCAAAAAAGAAAUGGCCAGCCAAAAAGAGACUGGAAAAUCAAAUACCAGUAGGAAACCUAUAGAAACUGUAUCAAAAGCAAACAACAGGUGUCCCGUACUCCAAUAUCUUGCAGAACCCACGUACAGUUACAAGUGACCAUUAAGGGUCUCCUGCAACUCAUAGAAAAGGCAGGAUGGUGUUGAGAGAUGAUGAUUUUUCAGUAGAGUGCUCAUGGCUUGCCACAAGAAACAUGUCGCUUCCUCAUAGUUGUAGAUUUUGGGGAAGGUUACCAAUUACUCGUCGCAAGCAGUCCCAAGCACAGCCUGGUCUGUCUGGCCAGCUUGCACAGUCAUGUACAGCGGUGUACGUCCAUAUCUCCUAAAAGAAUUUGCCAUCAUACUUUUGUAUAUAGUUAUAGGAAUAUAUUUUGCUUUGGGGCUUGCUGCCAUGUAUCUACUCAUAAUUCGUUGAUAACCAUGAAGCAAAAGGAAAGGCGAGCUCUUCAUUGCUUUAUAACA